GGGGUGCCUGCUUUCGGGUUGGCCCGAAGGGGUCAGCUGUCCAGUGUAUUCAGUGGCAGCUGCCCACAGACGCCUUUGGGUCUGUUGGAGCCCUGGACCUGGAGUCCCCUGCCUUCCUCUUGGCCCCGUGCCCAGUGCCCACGGCCCACUCCUUCCUGGGACGCCAAGGGCCCCUGCGCCCCCAUCAGCUCCAGCGGGCACACGCUGCCCGAGGCUCUUGGUCAUUCUGUCUAGAGCCUGGUCUCUGAGUUUGCAGACCAGGAACAGCCCCCCGCCGCCAGGCCACCCGCCCAGCACAGGCCCUCCCCUGUCCCGGGCCCCGAGGCCUCAGUUCCACUCCCACGCAGGCCAGCGCUGCUGAUGGCUCUGCGGCUCCGGGUCCACAGGAAACGGGCGCUGGUUGCCUCACCGCCGAGGGUGGGCAGCACGCGUGCAUGUGUGAGCCCGGCAGCGGUGUGUGGAUCUCAGGGUUUGACACCGCUCUGGCCUGAGCCACCACGGAUAGGACAGAGCGCCCAGUGCAGGGAGCUGACGUCUGGUCGCAGGCACCUGUUCUGCUGCCUCACCCCGGCUUCCUUCCCAGCACUUCUGGUCGCAGCCCGGAUGCACGACUUCCGGAGAACCGUCAAGGAGGUCAUCAGCGUGGUCAAGGUGUGCGAGUCCACGCUGAGGAAGAGGUGGGUGGCCGAGCGCAGGCUGCGUCCUCCUUCCGGCUCCGCCGGCCUGCUGGUCGGGGCCCCAGCGCAGAGGGGCUGCCCUCUCCCUGCCCAGGUCCCUCCUGGGGCCUCACCCAGGCCAUCGGCAGUUGGCGGCCCCUGGCAACACGGUGGUCUGCAUGCGUGCCCGUGUGUGGGGAGAGGUGCACAUGGUGGUCCUGGGGGGAGGGGCACAGGGAUCCCCUUCCCAGGCCGUCCCCCGGGGCGACUGGCACGGGCCUGGGAGGUUUGUCUAGACAGCUGUGCACACGUCCCCUGGUCGGGACCCCGGCCCCUGACUCUGCGGCCCUGGCCCUUGAUCAGCCCCGUGAAGCAUGUUCCCAGCAAGGUGGGCGUCGGGCCCUGUGCCAGGAACGGCCUGCAGGCGCCGCGUCCAGCUGACAUCCUGGUCACUCCUGGCCCUCAGCUCAGGGUCUCACCUCUUGGUUUUCAGCUGGAACAAGUCCUGUCGAGAAAACUGGAGGAAGUGGAAGGGGAAAUCUCCAGCUACCAGGACGAAAUCGAGACUGAACUCGAAAACAGCCGGCCCAAGGCCAAGGGGGCGCUGGCCAGCCUGGCGAGAGACGCUCCCAGCAGCCAGUCCAUUCGCCUGCUGGCCCAGCUGCCCUGGGCUGACGUCCCCUUGGGCUCUCGUUCUCAGGCGCGGCCGGCCCUGCUCACUGCCCGUGGCUGCUGUGGCGUCCUGCACAGCCGUGGUGCCCGUGGGCUCAGCGGAGGCGGGAGAGGGCCCGGCAGCCCGUGGGGGCAGAUCUUGCUCCCUCUGCGUCGGGGUCAUUGCUCCUCUCCCUGUGCACUCCACGCACACGCACACGCACACGCAGGAGCAGCGCCAGCCCCGCUGCUGGUGAGGAGGAAGCGGAGUCGGAGAGCCCGGGAUGACGGGGUGGGUGGGCCGGAGCCUGCUGAGCGCUGUGCUUCCCUAGAAGACGCUUCUGGGGACGGCGAGCUGGACCUCAGCGGCAUCGACGACCUGGAGAUCGACAGGUACAUCCUGAACGAGGCAGAAGCCCGCCGGGAAAGGUGCCCUGGCUCUGUGUUUGGAGGGUGUGGGGAGGGAGAGCAGGCCCGGGGAAGGGGUGCCCUUAGCACAAGCUGGGUGUCCCCUGCUGUGGGCCUGGAGGGUGCCAGCGCUGACCUGUGUGGGGGCAGCCAGAGCUGUUUGCUGGGAGGAGAACAGCAGACUGGGGCCCAAGAGUGCUCCUCCUGCUCCCCUCCCAUGCCCCCCUCCCGUGCCCCCCUCACCCCUCCUGUGCUUGCUUCCAGGUUGAGGCCGAUGGUGUCCACACAGGCGGCUAAGAAGGCAGCCUUGGGAGAGACCCUGCCCCCAAAUCCCCCUGCCCGCGGCUGCGCCCCGGGGAGGCCCGCGGCCGUGCUGGUGGAGAGCGGGCCUGUGUCGUACCACCCCGAGGAGGAGGCCGAGGAGGAGGACCCCGACCCCGAGGAGGAGGACGGGGAGCCCUGCGUCAGUGCCCUGCAGAUGAUGGGCGGCAGCGGUUAUGGCUGUGACGGUGACGACGACGACGGCUACUGAGGUGACCGCACACGCAGUGUCCGUGGUGGACCCUGGCUUCCGAGGGGCCAGGCCGGGCCUCGGGCCCCAUGCCCAGGUGUGAGCGUGGCCCCGCCUGCCCCGCAGCCUCGUCGUGGUCAUGAGGGACGUCCUGGCACUGGUGCUGGCGCCAUGUUUUGAGCAAUGCACGGCGUGGGCCUCGCCGCGCGGGCCUGAACGGCCUGCGUGACUGUCGGACGCGGUCUCACGGCCCGACCCUCUGCA